ACCACCAGUCUGACAGAAAGAUAGAAUCGUAUUACACAAAUUAUAAAUAUUAGUUUUGCAUUUAUUCUACCUCUGUCGGCAAUAUGAACAUUUUAAAUGUUGACAGGUACUGCUAGACUCCCCUAAGUGUAUCGUGGUGGAUUCGUCCGCUUUCCCGCAAUAAGGUGGCUUUUUAACUUGCUUUUGAAUUUCGCGUGAACUGUCAGCGAUAUAAGUAGGAGGGACCUUUUUUGAAAGCAGACCUAGAAAAGUAGGCAGCGACACAGAGUUCACAGCUUUAGUCAACAGUUUCCUUCGGAUUACUGAAGAGUCAGCGGCAUACAUGUACAACUACGGAAACCUGGGCAGAGGAUUCGAUCGGACCUUCCCAGAUAACGGCUCCGGAUCAGGCUCGAGCUCCGCGACUCUCGCGACAAGCGCGGUCACAACUCCACAACAGCAGAAGUAUUCUGUGGCAGGAUCCAAUCAGUUUGUGCCCAGUCUCAAUGCCAUAACUUCAAACCAGGACCUUCAAUGGAUGCUUCAGCCCUCCAUUCUAGGCACCCCGGGACCUUCCAGGGCACUUCGACCAUCCUACCCACUGCUGCCAAGAAUCCAAUCUAUGAAUCCUCAACUUUCCCAAUCACAUCAGUCCCGGCCAGGUGUUAUUAGAGCAGCUAUGGCUGUUGGCAGCUCAACGAGAAGCAGAAAUGAUGAACAUCUAUCCCCUGAGGAACUUGAGCGGCGUAGAAUUAGAAGGGAACGUAACAAAAUGGCUGCGGCUAAGUGCAGGAAUCGUCGACGUGAACUGACUGACACAUUGCAAAAUCAAACUGACCAGCUAGAGGAUGAAAAAUCACGUCUGCAGAAGGAGAUCGCUGAGCUUCAGAAGGCGAAAGAUAAGCUUGAGUUGGUUCUUGAAGCCCAUAGACCCAUCUGCAAAGUCCAGGACUCGGACUCAGACUCUGACUCCAACGGUGACCUCCCGACGCUGAGUGGAAUCAAGAUUGAACCUGUGGACACUGAUCUUCCUGGACCUUCAAGAGAAUCAAAGCAUCACGCCAAGCUUAAGUUUAAUAAACCCAAGCCCAAAAUUACCAUCCCACCUCCAGCUUCAGCCUUCACCGUCACCAGCAUACCUUUGGAAACAGAGUCUCUUCAUACUCCUGUCCUCAUCUCCACUCCAUCUCUGACCCCUUUUACGGCCAGCCUUGUCUUCAGCUACCCCUCUUCUUCACUGGAUACCAGCUCUGCGUCUUCAUCCCAAGCUCUCAAUCUCGCCAGCUCUCACAGUACCAGCCAGUCUUCUCAACACCCUCAGCCGUGUGGCGUCGCUCAUCGCCGCAGCAGCAGCAGUGGAGAUCAGUCAGAUCACUCUCUCAAUUCACCAACCAUCCUCACCCUUUAAUUUCUCAUCUGCUGUGCGGAAAAGUGUUUAUGAUUUCCAAAAGUGUCCAUACUACAUACAAGCAUAUAUGUUAUGCUAUCACCUGUUUAUUCUGUUUACCUUUAUUAAUGGCAAUUACCAAGCAACUUGAAUGCAUUAUAAGAAUACAGAAGCACCAGUUAAAGGUGAUGUGUGUAACGUUUUUGACGUUAAAACACGUUAUCCUAGCAUAGUAAGGAGACCCAACUAUGCCAUUCGUAGGCAUGAAUGCAUAACAGAUGGAGUAAGUUUUCAGGAAAAGGUCAUUUGGUGACGCUAGUGGAGUAGAAAUGACACACUUCACCUUUAAGCAUGUGUAGUGCAAAGUAUAAUGUACUAUUAUCCUUCAUAUGAAGUAGACUGAAAUUUUUAUAGCACAUAAGUAUGUAACACUGAAAAGAAAACCAACUGACUUUUCAGCCGUAAUGUACGACUGUAGUGGCAUUAAUAUUAGUAUUAUUGAUUUAUAGUAAUUUACUUCAGCUUCUUAUUUAGUGUAUUGGUGAUGGUACUGUAGCAGUAAAAAAUCUGGCCUGUUAGCAAAAGGUUUAGAGGUUGCUUUUGAGAGUGAAAGCAGUGUAGAUCUAUCACCAUUAUGCCUUUCAGGAAGGUAUGUCAGUUACUUCAGGAAAGCCAUUUUUUAAAGAGAGUCUAUUAUGUUAUUUAUUAUUACAUUACCAAUUUUAGAGAUGUUAAGGUCUCAACUGAAAUGUGGAUUCAAAAUUUGCUAUGCACAUGUUUGUGGAUUUACACAGUGUAAUGUCUUGUUAUUUUAUGGUUUUAAGAAAUACAGCGUUAUAAUAACAUUG